CGCAAGCAGAACCCGGGGAUCUACAGCGAACAAGUAAGACAUGGGCUUGGGUUCUUUUCUUUUUCUCCUAGUCUCGAGCGAAGCAAGUCUCCCCCCUAUCGGGCGCAAUUGCAAUGCCCUUAGCUGCAUGGUGCUUUAGUAGAACGCAAGUCAAGAUGCGGUGUAGACUCAAUUCCACGAUGCUCCAUCAUGAUUGAAUGACUGAUAGAGAGCAUCACUGCAGAUCAUCGUCGGGGAGGAAAAAAAAAAGAAAAGAAAAAACCAAGGAGGAUUGCGACAGGUCUUAUUUGUUUGUUUUUCAGGCAUGCAGACAUGCAGACCCAAAAAAAUGUCCGGGCGUGCCAACGGUUGUAACUUCGCCCCCCAAAAUUUUUCUUGUUCUCCCUCCUGCAGUCGGGAUUUUUAUCCCAAAUUUUCAGUUGUUGUAUGUCAUUCCAUGGGAUUGCUUGACUAUCAUCCCGUGCCCAUGGAUUGAAGUGGCCCGUGGGGUGGCUUUUUCGGGCGUGCUUGUAGCCUUGUUCGUUUGGCGCCCACGAGAUCGAUAGCAUUUUUGCCCGUUUUGGGCAUGGCUUUGUCGUUGGUUUCUGUUUCAACUUAACUCCGAGCCUUAAGGGCGAGCGCGAGCAUUGACAGGGGAAAAUUUUCUCUCCUUGGAAAAG